UAUUCUUCUAAGUCUCCUGAAUAUUUGCUACUUUUAUGGCUAUUGCUACUUGCUAGUGAUCCAUUUGUUCAAAAUUUUAAUUUUUCUAAAUAGGAUUCUUGAAAUCUUAAUUAAUAAGAUUUAACACCCCAUCCCUCUUCCUCUUCUCUCUUACCUUUUUGUUCUGUGGGUUAACAUCUUGUUACUUGCUAAAAAAUUUCCAUUUGUAUCACUUGAUCCUAAAGAAGAUUUGGCUUUUUUUCAAAGUUUUGUUCUUUUUUUUGUUUGUUUCCUUCGAUCUGAGAUUCUGUGUUUUUACUUUUUGUGGGAUUUCCACUGUCUUUUUUGGAAUUCUGCACGGCAGCGGAGUCAGACUUCUCACCAAUUCCUCUAUCUGCGCAGUGACAGAAUCAGAAUUUUCACUAUUCCUUUGUUUUUUUGGAAUUCGUUAGAAUUACAGUGACAUUAUUUAAGUUUUUACUUUGAUUUGGUAUAAUUGUUACUUAGAUAAUGGAAGGAGAUCAAGAUUUGAAGUUUGUGUGCAAAUGGUGUAACAAAAAAUAUCCAUGUGGGAAGUCACUUGGAGGACACAUAAAGUGUCAUGUAGUUGAUGAAAAAUUUGAAACUGCUAAGUUGAAAAAGAAGGAAUCUUGGAAUAUUAGUAGUGGGAAGAAUCAAUCGAGUAGUAUUCCUUCUGGUUAUGUUCUUAGAGAGAAUCCAAAGAAAACUUGGAGAUUUGAGGAUUCUAACAUAUAUUGGUCGGAAUCUCCAAAAAUAAUAACAAACAACACUCACACUACUUUUGGAGAAUCUGACACGCAUCCGAACAACAUAGAUUCUAAGUAUACCGCAACUCAAGAAAAAGUGUGUCAACAAUGCGGAAAGGGCUUUCCAUCCAUGAAAGCUUUGUGUGGUCAUAUGGCUUGUCAUUCAGAAAAAGAUAAAGGGGGUUUGAAAGAUGAUGACGACGACGAUGAUGAUGAUAACUCAUGGACUAGUAGUGAUCAUAGCCAUUCAGAUACUGAAGCUGGUGAGCUGAUCAGUCAAAGUUGUAGAUCAAAGACUACUAAGAGAUACAACAAAAUUGUAGUUAAGUCGAAUAAUUAUAAUUGUUCGUCUUCUGUGUCUGAGAUUAGUCAAGUUCAAGAACAAGAAGAAUUAGCCAAGUGUUUGAUAAUGUUGUCAAGGGAUUCUAGGUCUUGGAAUGGUGUUGAUUCACUUGUGGAGACUUCUGAUAACAAUUCUGCUAUUUUAGAGACUAAACCGUCGUCUAGUGACAUGAGGAAUAAUGCUAGAAAGAACGGUGUUAAACGUGUAUACAAUCAAGAUGAAAAGCCUCGAAUGAAGAAAGAGGGAGACACAAUCACGAAGAUUGAUAUGUUGGAAGGUGAAACUCAAUCCGAGAACUCUGAUUCAGACUACUACUUAGGCGAAAAUGGGAAUAUCGAAUCAGAUGGCUCUGUUGAGAGGUACUUAGGAAAUGGUAAAGGAAAAUGGAACACCUCUAAAAUGAGUUUUGCAGCUUGGUUAAACGAGAAUUUGAGUGACGAGAAAAAUGGGAUAAACAGAAUCAAACAAUAUAUAACAGAGUCGAGGAAGAAUUUGGGUAAGAAAUGUGAACGCGAUGGCUAUGGAUUAGCCUCAAAUUCGUAUAUAUGUGAAUCGAAAAAGAGAACCAUGGAUCCAUAUAAUGAUCUAGAGAUAAGGAAUGAUUCCAAGAAGAUGAAGUUGUGUGUUAAGAGUCCUGAAGGAUACAAAAAUGAUAUACAUAAGACGAGAAAAUACGAGUGUUUGAACUGCAAGAAGGUGUUUAGCUCAUAUCAGGCACUUGGUGGACAUAGACCGUGCCACAAAAAGGUCCACGAUUAUUCUGAAUCGACAUAUGAAACUGGUGAGAAUAGCCUUGGUGCUGAUCAUAAUGAUCCUAAAUGCACAAAACUUGGCAAGCAUAGGGACGUUUUUCGCAACAAUAAACAAGUAGUUCCUUCUCAAGAUUUGCCUUAUGAACCUGAGAUAAAGGUUAAAACGAAGAAAUCCAAAGGACACAAAUGCCCGUUUUGCUAUAGGAUGUUUAAGUCUGGUCAAGCUUUAGGUGGCCACAAAAGGUCACAUUUUAUUAAUGGUGGUGAUCAGGAGAAUCUGAAUCAACAAUCAUCAGCUGUAAAGCGCGAAGUUGCUGACUUACUCGAUCUUAAUCUUCCUGCUCCGGUAGAUGAGGAGGACGAAGAACAUGCUCGAUACAUGUCCUGGUAGAUGGUUAUAAACAAGAUGAUAUAUACUCAGCAGGUGCUUAUCCUCAUUAAGUUUUCAUGCUCUUUUUUCUAUUGUCAAUGUUGCCAGAGGUAGGACAAGCAUUCUUUCUAAUUAGUUGAAAGCUAAGUUGCUUGGACUCUUCAAUAAUGUCGAUUAGUGUGUGUGAAAUACAUCAUAAAGUGGUGUAUUUUGGAGGAUCUGGCUGGAGAUGCGAUCGGCCUUGUAUGGAAUACUCUUUGGCUCUCCGACGUGGCUCCCCAUGUGCAACAAUGUUUUUGAAGAGUCUGAGCGAGCAAGAUGUCUUUUGUGAGAACUCUCACAUUUCCCUUCAGAUUUUGGUAUGUUUCAAGAACAUGGUUUUCAUUUUUGCUAGUUAAUUUCAUCUACUUAUUAAGUUUUGGGACAUGCAAAAUUUACA